AUGCCCCGAAAAACAACAAUGGAAUCCACCCCUCCGAGCACGAGUGUGGAAACAGCAAGCAGUGUGCACACGGUUACAAGCAGCCUCUCGGUCAGCACAGCCGUUCUUGAGACCAGCUUGUCCUCCACCUUGUCCACCUCCCAAGCCCAGGAGUCGAACAGCACUACCGGAAGAGGGAGCCCAACAACAGGUUCAGAGACCUCACUUCCUGUUUCGUCCAGCCCCUCCAAGACCUCUACGCCAGAGACUCCCGAGACCGCUACACUUUCCAUCAGUUCCUCAGUCCCCGCUGGUCCUCAGAGGGUCUCCUCCGGCACCACGGAGUCACCGUCUGUGGCCUCCGCAACUGCUGAGAGUCAGAGCGCAGCCCACACCUCCUCCACUCCACUUUCGCCCACUGUGACAAUGCCCCGAAAAACAACAAUGGAAUCCACCCCUCCGAGCACGAGUGUGGAAACAGCAAGCAGUGUGCACACGGUUACAAGCAGCCUCUCGGUCAGCACAGCCGUUCUUGAGACCAGCUUGUCCUCCACCUUGUCCACCUCCCAAGCCCAGGAGUCGAACAGCACUACCGGAAGAAGGGUCUCCUCCGGCACCACGGAGUCACCGUCUGUGGCCUCCGCAACUGCUGAGAGUCAGAGCCCAACCCAGACCUCCUCCACUCCACUUUCACCCGCUGCGACAAUGCCCCGAAAAACGACAAUGGAAUCCACCCCUCCGAGCACGAGUGUGGAAACAGCCACAAGCGUGCACAUGGUUACAAGCAGCCUCUCUGCCAGCACGCCAGUUCUUGAGACCAGCUUGUCCUCCACCUCAUCCACAUCCCAAGCCCAGGAGUCGAACAGCACUACCGGAAGAAGGGUCUCCUCCGGCACCACGGAGUCACCGUCUGUGGCCUCCGCAACUGCUGAGAGUCAGAGCCCAACCCAGACCUCCUCCACUCCACUUUCACCCACUGCGACAAUGCCCCGAAAAACGACAAUGGAAUCCACCCCUCCGAGCACGAGUGUGGAAACAGCCACAAGCGUGCACAUGGUUACAAGCAGCCUCUCUGCCAGCACGGCAGUUCUUGAGACCAGCUUGUCCUCCACCUCAUCCACAUCCCAAGCCCAGGAGUCGAACAGCACUACCGGAAGAGUGACCCCCUCCAAGACCUCUACGCCAGAGACUCCCGAGACCACUACACUUUCCAUCAGUUCCUCAGUCCCCGCUGGUCCUCAGAGGGUCUCCUCCGGCACCACGGAGUCACCGUCUGUGGCCUCCGCAACUGCUGAGAGUCAGAGCCCAACCCAGACCUCCUCCACUCCACUUUCACCCACUGCGACAAUGCCCCGAAAAACGACAAUGGAAUCCACCCCUCCGAGCACGAGUGUGGAAACAGCCACAAGCGUGCACAUGGUUACAAGCAGCCUCUCUGCCAGCACGGCAGUUCUUGAGACCAGCUUGUCCUCCACCUCAUCCACAUCCCAAGCCCAGGAGUCGAACAGCACUACCGGAAGAGUGACGUCCAGUCCCAGCACAACAGAGGGGACUUCCACACAUUCACAAGUCACAUCAGCGUCUCCCCCUCCGACCUCGGAACACUCCCCCGUUACAGAGGGGUCUUCUCACUCACCCUCACUGGUGCCUUCCACUUGGAGCCCAACCACAGGUUCAGAGACCUCACUUCCUGUUUCGUCCAGCCCCUCCAAGACCUCUAUGCCAGAGACUCCUGAGACCACUACGCUUUCCAUCAGUUCCUCAGUCCCCGCUGGUCCUCAGAGGGUCUCCUCCGGCGCCACAGAGUCACCGUCUGCGGCCUCCCAAACUUCUGAGAGUCCGAGCACAACCCACACCUCCUCCACUCCACUUUCACCCACUGUGACAAUGCCCCACAAAUUGACAUCGGAAUCCACCCCUCCGAGCACGAGUGUGGAAACAGCAAGCAGUGUGCACACGGUUACAAGCAGCCUCUCGGUCAGCACAGCCGUUCUUGAGACCAGCUUGUCCUCCACCUUGUCCACCUCCCAAGCCCAGGAGUCGAACAGCACUACCGGAAGAGUGACGUCCAGUCCCAGAACAACCGAAGGGACUUCCACACACUCACAAGUCACAUCAGCGUCUCCCCCUCCGACCUCGGAACACUCCCCCGUUACAGAGGGGUCUUCUCACUCACCCUCACUGGUGCCUUCCACUUGGAGCCCAACCACAGGUUCAGAGACCUCACUUCCUGUUUCGUCCAGCCCCUCCAAGACCUCUAUGCCAGAGACUCCUGAGACCACUACCGUUUCCAUCAGUUCCUCAGUCACCGCUGGUCCUCAGGGGGUCUCCUCCGGCACCACGGAGUCACAGACUGUGGCCUCCCCAACUGCUGAGAGUCAGAGCGCAACCCACACCUCCUCCACUCCACUUUCACCCACUGUGACAAUGCCCCACAAAUUGACAUCGGAAUCCACCCCUCCGAGCACGAGUGUGGAAACAGCAAGCAGUGUGCACACGGUUACAAGCAGCCUCUCUGCCAGCACGGCAGUUCUUGAGACCAGCUUGGCCUCCACCUCAUCCACAUCCCAAGCCCAGGAAUCAAACAGCACUACCAGCAGAGUGAUGUACAGUCCCAGCACAACAGAGGGGACUUCCACACACUCACAAGUCACAUCAGCGUCUCCCCCUCCGACCUCAGAACACUCCCCCGUUACAGAGAGGUCUUCUCACUCACCCUCACUGGUGCCUUCCAGUGGGAGCCCAACAACAGGUUCAGAGACCUCACUUCCUGUGUCGUCCAGCCCCUCCAAGACCUCUACGCCAGAGACUCCCGAGACUGCUACACUUUCCAUCAAUUCCUCAGUCCCCGCUGGUCCUCAGAGGGUCUCCUCCGGCACCACGGAGUCACAGUCUGUGGCCUCCGCAACUGCUGAGAGUCAGAGCCCAACCCAGACCUCCUCCACUCCACUUUCACCCACUGCGACAAUGCCCCGAAAAACGACAAUGGAAUCCACCCCUCCGAGCACGAGUGUGGAAACAGUCACAAGCGUGCACAUGGUUACAAGCAGCCUCUCUGCCAGCACGGCAGUUCUUGAGACCAGCUUGUCCUCCACCUCAUCCACAUCCCAAGCCCAGGAGUCGAACAGCACUACCGGAAGAGUGACGUCCAGUCCCAGCACAACAGAGGGGACUUCCACACAUUCACAAGUCACAUCAGCGUCUCCCCCUCCGACCUCGGAACACUCCCCCGGUACAGAGGGGUCUUCUCACUCACCCUCACUGGUGCCUUCCACUUGGAGCCCAACCACAGGUUCAGAGACCUCACUUCCUGUUUCAUCCAGCCCCUCCAAGACCUCUAUGCCAGAGACUCCUGAGACCACUACCCUUUCCAUCAGUUCCUCAGUCCCCGCUGGUCCUCAAAGGGUCUCCUCCGGCGCCACAGAGUCACCGUCUGCGGCCUCCCAAACUUCUGAGAGUCCGAGCACAACCCACACCUCCUCCAGUCCACUUUCACCCACUGUGACAAUGCCCCACAAAUUGACAUCGGAAUCCACCCCUCCGAGCACGAGUGUGGAAACAGCAAGCAGUGUGCACACGGUUACAAGCAGCCUCUCGGUCAGCACAGCCGUUCUUGAGACCAGCUUGUCCUCCACCUUGUCCACCUCCCAAGCCCAGGAGUCGAACAGCACUACCGGAAGAAGGGUCUCCUCCGGCACCACGGAGUCACCGUCUGUGGCCUCCGCAACUGCUGAGAGUCAGAGCGCAGCCCACACCUCCUCCACUCCACUUUCGCCCACUGUGACAAUGCUCCGAAAAACAACAAUGGAAUCCACCCCUCCGAGCACGAGUGUGGAAAUAGCAAGCAGUGUGCACACGGUUACAAGCAGCCUCUCGGUCAGCACAGCCGUUCUUGAGACCAGCUUGUCCUCCACCUUGUCCACCUCCCAAGCCCAGGAGUCGAACAGCACUACCGGAAGAAGGGUCUCCUCCGGCACCACGGAGUCACAGUCUGUGGCCUCCGCAACUGCUGAGAGUCAGAGCCCAACCCAGACCUCCUCCACUCCACUUUCACCCACUGCGACAAUGCCCCGAAAAACGACAAUGGAAUCCACCCCUCCGAGCACGAGUGUGGAAACAGCCACAAGCGUGCACAUGGUUACAAGCAGCCUCUCUGCCAGCACGGCAGUUCUUGAGACCAGCUUGUCCUCCACCUCAUCCACAUCCCAAGCCCAGGAGUCGAACAGCACUACCGGAAGAGUGACGUCCAGUCCCAGCACAACAGAGGGGACUUCCACACAUUCACAAGUCACAUCAGCGUCUCCCCCUCCGACCUCGGAACACUCCCCCGUUACAGAGGGGUCUUCUCACUCACCCUCACUGGUGCCUUCCACUUGGAGCCCAACCACAGGUUCAGAGACCUCACUUCCUGUUUCGUCCAGCCCCUCCAAGACCUCUAUGCCAGAGACUCCUGAGACCACUACGCUUUCCAUCAGUUCCUCAGUCCCCGCUGGUCCUCAGAGGGUCUCCUCCGGCGCCACAGAGUCACCGUCUGCGGCCUCCCAAACUUCUGAGAGUCCGAGCACAACCCACACCUCCUCCACUCCACUUUCACCCACUGUGACAAUGCCCCACAAAUUGACAUCGGAAUCCACCCCUCCGAGCACGAGUGUGGAAACAGCAAGCAGUGUGCACACGGUUACAAGCAGCCUCUCGGUCAGCACAGCCGUUCUUGAGACCAGCUUGUCCUCCACCUUGUCCACCUCCCAAGCCCAGGAGUCGAACAGCACUACCGGAAGAGUGACGUCCAGUCCCAGAACAACCGAAGGGACUUCCACACACUCACAAGUCACAUCAGCGUCUCCCCCUCCGACCUCGGAACACUCCCCCGUUACAGAGGGGUCUUCUCACUCACCCUCACUGGUGCCUUCCACUUGGAGCCCAACCACAGGUUCAGAGACCUCACUUCCUGUUUCGUCCAGCCCCUCCAAGACCUCUAUGCCAGAGACUCCUGAGACCACUACCGUUUCCAUCAGUUCCUCAGUCACCGCUGGUCCUCAGGGGGUCUCCUCCGGCACCACGGAGUCACAGACUGUGGCCUCCCCAACUGCUGAGAGUCAGAGCGCAACCCACACCUCCUCCACUCCACUUUCACCCACUGUGACAAUGCCCCACAAAUUGACAUCGGAAUCCACCCCUCCGAGCACGAGUGUGGAAACAGCAAGCAGUGUGCACACGGUUACAAGCAGCCUCUCUGCCAGCACGGCAGUUCUUGAGACCAGCUUGGCCUCCACCUCAUCCACAUCCCAAGCCCAGGAAUCAAACAGCACUACCAGCAGAGUGAUGUACAGUCCCAGCACAACAGAGGGGACUUCCACACACUCACAAGUCACAUCAGCGUCUCCCCCUCCGACCUCAGAACACUCCCCCGUUACAGAGAGGUCUUCUCACUCACCCUCACUGGUGCCUUCCAGUGGGAGCCCAACAACAGGUUCAGAGACCUCACUUCCUGUGUCGUCCAGCCCCUCCAAGACCUCUACGCCAGAGACUCCCGAGACUGCUACACUUUCCAUCAAUUCCUCAGUCCCCGCUGGUCCUCAGAGGGUCUCCUCCGGCACCACGGAGUCACAGUCUGUGGCCUCCGCAACUGCUGAGAGUCAGAGCCCAACCCAGACCUCCUCCACUCCACUUUCACCCACUGCGACAAUGCCCCGAAAAACGACAAUGGAAUCCACCCCUCCGAGCACGAGUGUGGAAACAGUCACAAGCGUGCACAUGGUUACAAGCAGCCUCUCUGCCAGCACGGCAGUUCUUGAGACCAGCUUGUCCUCCACCUCAUCCACAUCCCAAGCCCAGGAGUCGAACAGCACUACCGGAAGAGUGACGUCCAGUCCCAGCACAACAGAGGGGACUUCCACACAUUCACAAGUCACAUCAGCGUCUCCCCCUCCGACCUCGGAACACUCCCCCGGUACAGAGGGGUCUUCUCACUCACCCUCACUGGUGCCUUCCACUUGGAGCCCAACCACAGGUUCAGAGACCUCACUUCCUGUUUCAUCCAGCCCCUCCAAGACCUCUAUGCCAGAGACUCCUGAGACCACUACCCUUUCCAUCAGUUCCUCAGUCCCCGCUGGUCCUCAAAGGGUCUCCUCCGGCGCCACAGAGUCACCGUCUGCGGCCUCCCAAACUUCUGAGAGUCCGAGCACAACCCACACCUCCUCCAGUCCACUUUCACCCACUGUGACAAUGCCCCACAAAUUGACAUCGGAAUCCACCCCUCCGAGCACGAGUGUGGAAACAGCAAGCAGUGUGCACACGGUUACAAGCAGCCUCUCGGUCAGCACAGCCGUUCUUGAGACCAGCUUGUCCUCCACCUUGUCCACCUCCCAAGCCCAGGAGUCGAACAGCACUACCGGAAGAAGGGUCUCCUCCGGCACCACGGAGUCACCGUCUGUGGCCUCCGCAACUGCUGAGAGUCAGAGCGCAGCCCACACCUCCUCCACUCCACUUUCGCCCACUGUGACAAUGCUCCGAAAAACAACAAUGGAAUCCACCCCUCCGAGCACGAGUGUGGAAAUAGCAAGCAGUGUGCACACGGUUACAAGCAGCCUCUCGGUCAGCACAGCCGUUCUUGAGACCAGCUUGUCCUCCACCUUGUCCACCUCCCAAGCCCAGGAGUCGAACAGCACUACCGGAAGAAGGGUCUCCUCCGGCACCACGGAGUCACAGUCUGUGGCCUCCGCAACUGCUGAGAGUCAGAGCCCAACCCAGACCUCCUCCACUCCACUUUCACCCACUGCGACAAUGCCCCGAAAAACGACAAUGGAAUCCACCCCUCCGAGCACGAGUGUGGAAACAGCCACAAGCGUGCACCUGGUUACAAGCAGCCUCUCUGCCAGCACGGCAGUUCUUGAGACCAGCUUGUCCUCCACCUCAUCCACAUCCCAAGCUCAGGAGUCGAACAGCACUACCAGAAGAUCCACUUUCACCCACUGUGACAAUGCCCCACAAAUUGACAUCGGAAUCCACCCCUCCGAGCACGAGUGUGGAAACAGCAAGCAGUGUGCACACGGUUACAAGCAGCCUCUCGGUUCAGAGACCUCACUUCCUGUUUCGUCCAGCCCCUCCAAGACCUCUACGCCAGAGACUCCCGAGACCGCUACACUUUCCAUCAGUUCCUCAGUCCCCGCUGGUCCUCAGAGGGUCUCCUCCGGCACCACGGAGUCACCGUCUGUGGCCUCCGCAACUGCUGAGAGUCAGAGCGCAACCCAUACCUCCUCCACUCCACCUUCGCCCACUGUGACAAUGGCCCGAAAAACGACAAUGGAAUCCACCCCUCCGAGCACGAGUGUGGAAACAGCCACAAGCGUACACAUGGUUACAAGCAGCCUCUCUGCCAGCACGGCAGUUCUUGAGACCAGCUUGUCCUUGACCUCAUCCACAUCCCAAGCCCAGGAGUCGAACAGCACUACUGGAAGAACCUCUACGCCAGAGACUCCCGAGACCACUACACUUUCCAUCAGUUCCUCAGUCCCCGCUGGUCCUCAGAGGGUCUCCUCCGGCACCACGGAGUCACCGUCUGUGGCCUCCGCAACUGCUGAGAGUCAGAGCCCAACCCAGACCUCCUCCACUCCACUUUCACCCACUGCGACAAUGCCCCGAAAAACGACAAUGGAAUCCACCCCUCCGAGCACGAGUGUGGAAACAGUCACAAGCGUGCACAUGGUUACAAGCAGCCUCUCUGCCAGCACGGCAGUUCUUGAGACCAGCUUGUCCUCCACCUCAUCCACAUCCCAAGCCCAGGAGUCGAACAGCACUACCGGAAGAGUGACGUCCAGUCCCAGCACAACAGAGGGGACUUCCACACAUUCACAAGUCACAUCAGCGUCUCCCCCUCCGACCUCGGAACACUCCCCCGGUACAGAGGGGUCUUCUCACUCACCCUCACUGGUGCCUUCCACUUGGAGCCCAACCACAGGUUCAGAGACCUCACUUCCUGUUUCAUCCAGCCCCUCCAAGACCUCUAUGCCAGAGACUCCUGAGACCACUACCCUUUCCAUCAGUUCCUCAGUCCCCGCUGGUCCUCAAAGGGUCUCCUCCGGCGCCACAGAGUCACCGUCUGCGGCCUCCCUAACUUCUGAGAGUCCGAGCACAACCCACACCUCCUCCAGUCCACUUUCACCCACUGUGACAAUGCCCCACAAAUUGACAUCGGAAUCCACCCCUCCGAGCACGAGUGUGGAAACAGCAAGCAGUGUGCACACGGUUACAAGCAGCCUCUCGGUCAGCACAGCCGUUCUUGAGACCAGCUUGUCCUCCACCUUGUCCACCUCCCAAGCCCAGGAGUCGAACAGCACUACCGGAAGAGUGACGUCCAGUCCCAGAACAACCGAAGGGACUUCCACACACUCACAAGUCACCUCAGCGUCUCCCCCUCCGACCUCGGAACACUCCCCCAUUACAGAGGGGUCUUCUCACUCACCCUCACUGGUGCCUUCCAGUGGGAGCCCAACAACAGGUUCAGAGACCUCACUUCCUGUUUCGUCCAGCCCCUCCAAGACCUCUACGCCAGAGACUCCCGAGACCGCUACACUUUCCAUCAGUUCCUCAGUCCCCGCUGGUCCUCAGAGGGUCUCCUCCGGCACCACGGAGUCACCGUCUGUGGCCUCCGCAACUGCUGAGAGUCAGAGCGCAAGCCACACCUCCUCCACUCCACUUUCGCCCACUGUGACAAUGCCCCGAAAAACGACAAUGGAAUCCACCCCUCCGAGCACGAGUGUGGAAACAGCCACAAGGGUACACAUGGUUACAAGCAGCCUCUCUGCCAGCACGGCAGUUCUUGAGACCAGCUUGUCCUCGACCUCAUCCACAUCCCAAGCCCAGGAGUCGAACAGCACUACCGGAAGACCCCUCGAAGACCUCUACGCCAUUGACUCCCGAGACCGCUACCCUUUCGAUCAGUUCCUCAGUCCCCGCUGGUCCUCAGAGGGUCUCCUCCGGCACCACGGAGUCACCGUCUGCGGCCUCCGCAACUGCUGA